AUGGAUAGACACCCGAAAACCAUGCACUCCAUCUCCACAAUUCAAAUGGCACGGUCACUACUACUUGCACGCAGCACCGCAACUGGUGCCACCCAAGCCGGGCUCGGUGCAACCGCAGCCUUUCUCAUGUGUGCAUCGCAUGCAUGGCGAUGGCGUCGACACGGUCCGGGCCCUGCGAUCCAGCUUGAUAUGGACGCGAGGAUCCUGACCACCAAAAGGGUCCAUCAGGUACAACCAGGGGACGAUGACAGAGGCCCCGCCAGUGGGCCACAAGUCUCUGUUUGGCAGAAGAAUAUUCUCAUGGGGGAGAAAUGCCAGCUCCGGGACUUCUCCGGCGUCAUUGUAUACGACUCAGCUGGCAAUCUCAUCACUGAUGUGAAAUAA